AUGGCUGACCGUUUUGCGGCUCUCGCCGGCUACGAUGCCGGCUCCAACUACGACUCGACCGUGGAGCAAAGCCUGGCAGCCGCCGCUAGGGAAGACCUGCCAGGUCUCGAAACGGUCGCUAGCAUCAACAUCGACCUACCACCAUCCAAACCGCUCAACAGCACCUUUGGAAAAUCCAGAAAGCCAAGUGCAGCCACCGAACGCGCCCGACGCAUCACUUCGGGUCCUUUGGAUCUUGGUGCAGCGCGUUCUCGUACUCCACCCCCACCACAACAGCACCAGCAGCACGACACGUCCAGUACGUCCUCCAACAAGGAGAAUGCGCGCCACAAUGAGCCUCCUUCUACGCAACGCAAACAGGAGCAGCGAAGGCACUACGGUGUACGCAUCGCCGACGACGACACUUUCGAAGAGCUCGAGGACAGCUUGCAAAAAGCGCACCAGCAGGACGAAUUGCAGCGCAUGCAACAAGACCUUUCUCAGGCCGGCGACUCUCUGCUAGCCGCUUCGCCGGCCAACGACUCGGGUCAAUGGGGCGCGCGCGCAAUGCGUCGACGUUCCGCAGCGGGAGUCUCGAUGAAGUCGGCGCAGGAAAAGAUCAACAGUCUCACGCAGGAGCGCGACGAACUCAAGAUCGUCGUCGAUCUUUUGCGCGAAAAGGUGUCAUUGGACGACAGGCUCGCCGAGCUCAUCGUGCUCAAGAAGGAGAAGCUCUCAUAUACCAACAAGAUGAUCGCACAGCAAGCCAUGCUCAAGCAGCAGGAUCGUGCGAUCAAAGUCUUGCAGAAGGAGCAGCAGCAGUGGAAGGGCAGCAGUCCAGCCGAGUACGAAAAGCACAUCGCAGAGCUACAAGCCAAGCUGCUGGCCGCCAACAAUAAGGUCGAGGAAGAGAGACGCGACAAGGUGCGUCUCGAGGACGAGCUAGACUUCAUCAAGCGCAGAGGACCACCGCCUGGUGAUGCGAGUCGCGGCGACGAGACCUCAGCAACAUCGCUCGGCGAUUCGACACGGUUGCGGCAGCGCAUCGAUGCGCUUCGCGACGAGCACGAAGACGAAAAGUACGAGCUCCGCAGGGAACGCGACGAGGUGCAGGAGCAGCUCGAGAUCGCCCGCGACGAGAUCGACCGUCUACGUUCCGAGCAGCGACGCGCCUAUUCGCCAGGGGACUCGUCCCAUCACCGACGCAACAUCGACGAUCUGGAACAGCAGCUCACGGCUCACAAGACGGAAAAUGCAAAGAUGCUCGAACGCCAUGCUCAGCUGGUCAGCGACAUCGAGCAGCACAAGGAAGAGCUGUACGAGCUGCGCUCGUCGGAAGAAGCGCUUCAGCGAGAGCUCGAUGUAGCCAAUCAGAGACUCGAGCAUGCCAACAUCACCCAGGAAGACGACGCGGUGCGCUUCAGCGAAGCCGAGCGUCUGGCUGCGGACCGGUACCAGGACCAGAUCGAUAAGCUGCGCGACGAGUUGGCAUCGGCACAACUCCAGAUCGACGGCAAGGAAGCUGAGCUGGAGAAACUCGACGCCGAAUUGCAGGACCUCACCGCCAAAGUGGCCGAUCUCGAGUACGAGCUUCGUCAAGCUGAAAACUUGCUUGAAGAGCAAAAGGUGCAGCUCGAAGGCGUCGAAGCCGAAGCGGACGAGUUGGAUCGUCAAGUGCAAGCCUUCAAGCAGGAAGCCGACGAGCUGCGCGUCGAAGCCGAUGAGCUGCACAAGGAGCUCGAGGCCAAAGACGCCGAUCUGGCAGAGACCAACAAGGAGAUGCAGGAGAUGUCGAAUCGCAUGUUUGGUCUCGAAGAAGAGCUUGAGGCGCGCGCCGACGAGAUCAAGCAGCUCGACGAGGAGAUCGUCAAGGUCGAAGAGGCGCUCCAACAGGCCAACGAGAAGCACGAACGUCACACCACUGUGCUCAAAGAGAAGCUCGCCACGACGACGCAGGAUCUGGGUGCAGCACAGGUCCAGCUGGAAUCGACGCUGGGCGAGCUCGAAGCGAUGCGCGACGAAGCGGACACGUACGCACGUGAGGUGGAGCAGCUCACAGCUGAUCGUGCACGAUUGGAGGAGCUCAAUGCCAAGCUCGAUGCAAAAGUGUCGGACGUAGUGGAGGAUCUCAAAGCGGAAGAGAGGGCGCUCGACGACGCGCACGCCGAAUGGGAGCGGAAGCUCGAAGAGGCCGAGGAGCGACUGUCUCGCGUCGUUCGUGACAAGGAUCAAAGCAUCGUUGCGUUGGAAAAGGAACUCAACCAGAUGGAGGACGAUCUCGCAACGCGCAAGUCCGACGUGCAGACGCUUCAGGAUGCUCUGCGGGCGAAGGAGAACGAGUCGUUCCGGAUGGGUCAAAGUUCGGCCAACGACAAGUACAGCUUGGAGCUGGAGAUCGAUCGCCUCAAACGCGAUCUAUCGCGCUGCGAAGACGAUCUCGCUCGAGCGCGAAAGGAGCUCGAUCGCAAAGACGACACCUUGCGUCACAAGGAGGAUGCCUUGGCACAGCUGCAUUCCGAGUUGCGCGAGGCGCAGGCCAAGUUGGCGAGCGAGGCGCAAUCUCACCUCGGACUCUCGGAGAGGUUGGAAGCGCAGCAGAGCACCAUCAAGGCGGAACGGAAGGAGCUCGAAGCAGCGCGAGCCAAAGUCGAGGAGCUGGAGUACGAACUCAACGACGGUGAACGAGCGACGCUGCGCACCGAACAGGCGACACGAGAUGCUCUCAACCAACGCAACACGCUGCUGCUCACCAUCUACCAACAGAUGGGCAAGCUCACCGCGUCCUCGGAUGGAACACCGCGAAAGCGCGAGGUUGAGCUGAAACCUUUCACCAACUUUGACGUCUUCCACUCGAGCCUUGUGGCGCGACUUCGCAAAGUAUUCGAUUCGCAGCUUGGAGUUGAUCAGAAGGCGAAGGAGUUGGAGGCCAAGUUGACGGAGAAGUACACGGCGUUGAAGCGGCAACAAGAUUCGCGGUUCCGACAGAUCGAUCGGUUUGAAACUUCGAUCAAACAGGCUACCGAUAAACAAGCGCAGUGGAGACAGAGGCUGGUGUCGAAGCAGGCCGAAUUGGAUUCCGUCAAAGCGACCAACGCCGAACUCCUCUCGCAGAUUUCUUCGCUCAAAACGAGAACGACACUUUCGAAUCCUGGCGACAACAACAAGCUGACGACGUUGACGACACGCGCCAAUACGGCGGAGAGGAGGCUAGCUACAGCGAUGGCACAGGCGAGUCAAGCUGAGGAAAGGUUGGCCGAAGCCAAGGUCAAGUACGGUGAGGGAGAAGGCAAAUGGGCUGCGCGGAUCAAGGAGCUGGAGCUGAGGUGUAAGGCGGCAGAGGAGAGGGUGAAGAGGGAGAGGCAGGGGGCGAAGGAGAGGGUGGCAGAGUUGGAGGAGAUCAGGAGGAAGCUGGAGAAGGAUCUGGAAGCGGCGUUGAGGAGGAAGGGGGUUGUGGGAGAGUUGCAGGCGAAUGUUAGGAAUAUUCAGUAG